AUGACCGAUCAAAAAUAUGUCUUUUAUGGAACAAUAAUAGAUACACCGGAUCCAUCAACAUUGAGAAUUAGAAAGGAGCAUAUUUGUGUUGUAAACAAAGGCAGAAUCGAACUUAUCCAACCAUUUGCUAAUCGAAAUCUUGACGAACACCAAGACGUUACUUUCAUUCAUCUAAGUGAAAGUCAAUUUAUCUGUCCUGGGUUUGUCGAUUUGCACUGUCACGCACCUCAGUAUCGACAGGCAGGAAGUGCCACAGAAGUUCCACUUCUUGAAUGGCUCCGUAAAUUUACUUUUCCAAACGAAGCUCGAUGUUCUGAUCCUUUAUACGCUCGUGAUCUUUAUACGAAAUUAGUGUCUAGAUUAUUGCGCAAUGGUACAACGACGACUCAAUAUUUUGCGACGAUACAUCUUGAAGCAACAAAAAUUUUAGCUGAAAUUUGUCAAGAGAAAGGACAGCGAGCAUAUAUUGGCAAAGUAUGCGCUGAUCAAAAUUCACCAGAUUUUUAUGUGGAAACGACAGAUGAAAGUAUUCGGAAUACAGAAGAAUUGAUCCAUUAUGUUCACCAAAUGCAAAAAGGAAGAGAUGUUGCUGGAAUGAAUGCUUUGAUACAUCCUGUGAUUACUCCAAGAUUUAUACCGACAUGCUCGAUAAAUUUACUUUCUCAAUUAGGACAAUUAGCAAAGAAGCACGAUGUUCACGUACAAUCACACAUUGCUGAAACAGCAGAUGAAGUUGCAUUUGUGCAUGAUCUUUAUCCAAGCAUUGGAAACGGACGAGAUGUAGCCAUAUUUCGUGAAACUGGUCUCUUGACAAGUAAAGCAGUUUUUGCUCAUGGAAUCUAUUUAGCAGAUAAUGAGGUAGACGAAAUGGUUGCAAGUGGAAGUGCAGUAGCCAGUUGUCCAAUUGCCAACUUUCUUUUCUCCAAGGGGCUCACGGCAAUAGAACAUUGUACAAAAAGAGGAUUGAAUGUUGGUUUGGGAACAGAUAUUGGAGGAGCAUACGCAAGUAGUAUGCUUCCUGUCAUGCGAGCUGCUGUUUUUGCACACAGAACAAUGGAUUUUGUCUCGUUUGAUCGUUCACAUGCUGUAUUACCAUGUUUUCCUGAACAUAAAGAUGCUGUUAUUGAUUUUAAAUUCGCUUACUACUUGGCUACUCUUGGAGGUGCACGAGCUUUGAAUAUUGAUUCACAAAUUGGAAGCUUUGAAGUGGAAAAACAAUUUGAUGCGUUACUCAUAGAUUGCAACGUAGAAAGUCAAGCAUUUGAUUACUGGAAAGACGAUGAAAUGGAUAUUCUAUUUGAGAAAUGGAUGAAUGCUGGUGAUGAUAGGAAUAUUGCUGGAGUUUGGGUUCAGGGAGUCAAAGUAGGAUAA